AUGCCACCGUCCGUCUUCCUCCCACCACUCCUCCUCGUCCUAGGACUGGGGGGGCCGGGGGGGGCCGCGCUCUCCUUCCCCCAGGAUCUGGUGGCCCGCAGCACCGUGGGGCUCGCAGGCACCGCCACCUACCCCCGCUUCAGUGGCCUCCGUGGUGACAACGUCACAGCCCAGCUGGGCCUCGGCUUCCAGCGCAUGCUGAGCCUCAACGGCACCCUCUUCGUGGCAGCCCGGGACCACGUCUACGCCUUCGACCUGGCGCAGGACGAGCGGACCCUGUACCCUGCACGGCACCUCACCUGGGAGGCACGGGACAGGGAGCACUGCGCCAUGCGGGGCAAGCGGCAGGAUGAGUGCUACAACUACAUCAAGGUGUUGGUGCCGCAGGACGCCCGGACCCUCUUCGCGUGCGGGACGAACGGCUUCAACCCACUGUGCCGCACCUACGAGCUGGGCAGCCUGGUGCAGGAAGGCGAGGAGCUGAGCGGCCAGGCCCGCUGCCCCUUCGACGCGCAGCAGAGCAACGUGGCCGUGUUCGCCGACGGCAGCCUCUACUCGGCCACCGUGGCCGACUUCCAGGCCAGUGACCCCAUCAUCUACCGGAGCCCCGGCCCGGGCGGCCCUCCGCUGCGCACCCUCAAGUACAGCUCGCGCUGGCUGCAGGAGCCCCACUUCGUGCGGGCACUACCCUACGGCCCCUACGUCUACUUCUUCUUCCGGGAGGUCGCCGUGGAGCUCAGCGCCAUGGGCAAGGUGGCGGUGGCGCGGGUGGCCCGGGUGUGCCGCAACGACCGCGGGGGCUCGGCGCGGGUGCUCGAGCGCCGCUGGACCUCCUUCCUCAAGGCCCGGCUCAACUGCUCGGUGCCGGGCGACGCCAUCUUCUACUUCGACGUGCUGGAGGCCGUGACGCCCCCGCGGCGCCUGCAUGGGCGCCCCGCCGUCCUCGCCCUCUUCGGCACCCAGCGCAACAGCAUCCCCGGCUCGGCCGUGUGCGCCUUCUACCUGGCCGACGUGGAGCGGGCGUUCGAGGGCCGCUUCCAGGAGCCGCGCGGCGCCGACGGCGCCUGGGCUGCCGUCCCCGACGAGCGGGUGCCCCGGCCCAGGCCAGGCAGCUGUGCAGGCGCYGGCGCCGCCGCCGCCUUCGGCAGCUCCAGCGACUUCCCUGACGAGACGCUGGCAUUCGCCAAGGCGCACCCGCUGCUGCGCGACGCCGUGGCGCCCGCCACCGGCCGGCCCCUCUUCACCCGCACGGGCAGCAGGCUGACGCAGCUGGCAGUGGACACGGGGCCGCGGGGCAAUGACACCGUCCUCUUCCUGGGCGCCGAGGAUGGGCGGCUGCUCAAGGUGCUGGCGGCGCCGCGGGAGCCCGGGGACACCGGGGACGCACCCGGGAACCCCGCGCGCACGGGGGACACCCCGGAGCCCGCGGCCGAGGCGCUGCUGUUGGAGGAGAUCAGUCUCUACGACCCUGGCCGGUGCCGGGGUCCGCGGGGCGCCAGCCGGGUGCUGGGCCUGGAGCUGCACCCGCCGCGCCGGGAGCUCUACGUGGCCUUCGCCGGGUGCCUGGUGCGCCUGCCUCUGAGCCGCUGCGCCCGGCACGGCACCUGCCGCGGGAGCUGCCUGGCCGCCCGGGACCCCUAUUGCGUGUGGCUGCCAGCCGGCGGCUGCGUCCCCUUCUCCGAGGACCUCCCGUUGGGCUUCGAGCAGGAUGUGGAUGGAGCCYCUGGGCUCGCAGGGACCUGCCAAGAUGUGUCAACCACAGAGGACGGGGACGAGGACUUGGCCCACGGGGUGCGACGGGAGCCGCCGGGUGCCUCGGUGCCGCUGCCGGUGCUGGCGGGCUGCGUGCUGGGCGCCUUCGCGCUGGGCGCACUGGCCGCGGGGCUGCUAGCCACCUGCUCCCGGGGCCCCGCGGUGCCCAAGGCCGCCGAGCCCCCCGCGCCGGCGCCCGCCGGGGCAGAGCCGCCCGCCGGGGCCGCCGCGGACGCGGCCGCUCACUCGGUUUAUCAAACAGACCUGAAUUUGGGGAAUUUGGAGUGUGCUGGGCAACAGAAAACAAACUCACGCACCUGA